AUGGAAAUUUUAUUGAUAUUUUCAUGGCUCCUUGUUUAUUAUUUGAAUUCAACUUUAAUACCUUGUGAAGAUUAUAAAAUGGAACCUGUAAUAAGCUGUUAACUCUUUUUAAAUUGUUUAAUCUUAGAAGGAAAUGAGGAUAACUUUUUAGAAUUAAGGCAUAUUGACAAUCAAAUAAUUUAAAAGUCAUUUACAAUUCCUUUUGAAAAAGAACCUAUUUUAAUAAGAAUAAUUAAUUCUAUAGAUAAAAAAAAAAUAUAAGAAAAGAUGAUAUGCUCAUUGAUUCUAAAUUUGGAAUAUUAUAUAUUAUGUAAGAGUUUUGAAUUAGUUUUUUAUGAUUAAUAAAAUAAUUAUAAUGAGAAGCUUAGAUUGGAAACGAAAAUUUAAUAUAAUGAAUUUUGCAAUGAAAUGUAUGAGAAUGAAGAUGAAAGUUUAAGUUUAUUUUGCUUAAGUUAAUUUAAUUUAAAAAAAUAUACCCUACAACUUUAAGGAAAUGUGAGCUUAAGUUUAGAGUAUAAUGUUUCAGCUCAAAUUAAAAAUGGUUGCAAAAAAAAGUAGUUGAAACUAAAUGAGGAUAAACAUAUUAUUGUAUUUUACCAAUGUUCAAAUUGGACAAUCUACUUAAUAAACAAUACACAAAUUAUAACUCUAUCUAAUUAUUCAAUGAUAUAAUUAGAAUUCCAACAAUAAAACUUUUCAUACAUCGACGAUAUUACUUUUUCUUAAUAUAAUGAAAAUUUAUAUUAUAUCUAUUUGACACAAGAAGCUUCUUAUCUUUAAAUAUAUUUUAAUUAGAUAUCUCUGAUAAUUUUUACUAGUUAUUUUAAAGAUGAGCCCUCUAAAGUUAUACAAAAAAUACUAGUCUAAAAGGAAACUAGUCAUAUCAUUUUAGUCAUCUACUAAGAAAAUAGUAUGUAAGAUUUAAACAAUACAACAAAGCAUUCAAAAAUUACUAUAAAUUAAAAAUAUUCUAACGAUCAUAUUCACUUUCAUUCUAAUCUUAUUUUAUUAUAGAACUAAUGUGAAUUAAGUGUCCUUAUCACUGCUCAUUUGAAUUAAACUUAUUAAAUUUUAAACACUUCACUACAUUUUUUUGAAUAUGAUAACAUAUUUUGUCAAUAUGAUAUAAUAAACAAGGCUAUACAAUUUUAUAGAUAUUACCCCUUAAGUCCUUUAAUAUAACCUAAAUAGAAGUAUUUACACUCCAUUUAUUUAAAAGAAUUAUUUGAAAAUAAUCCUUUAAGAAAAUGCUAAAGAAUAUUAUAUAAUAAUGAUACAUAAGAGUAAAAUAAAAAAAUUUCACAAACGAUAAUUAUUACAAAUAAUUGCUAGAAUAAAUUAUAAAGUAUCUUAAGUUCAGAUCAAAUAUAAUCCUUUCAAAAUAGUUCUAUUAAGAUUUAUAAUAAUGAGAGUAAUAUUAUUAGCGCUAGUAUCAAGAAUCAUCAAAAAUUCAUAGAUUCAUGUUUAUCAAAAAUAUCAUAAUUUCUCUUUUUAGGCAAAAUUGAGUUGACAUAAAUAAAAGUUUAAGAAUAUAUAAGUUUCCAAAAUGAAACAUUUUUUUAUAUAUGA